CGAAUAGUCACACUCCUUGGUUCAUAUAUAUAUAUAUAUUUAGCCAAAUCCCAGAAGUAGAAUGAAAUUGUUGUCUGUCUGUUCGAAUUGCAGAAUGUUAAAGUUUUGAGAGCCAAGUUCAACAAAUGUACUCUUUAUGUUGAUUGAAUUUGAUAACAUAAGUUUGGUUUUCAUGCCUUUUCUUAGGGUUUAGAGUUGACGGCUGCUUGAUUAACAACUGGGAUUUUUUUUUUAAAUUGGAUUGCUUCUGGUUUUGGCCAUCCUGCCAUGGCUAAUAAUUCUCAUUUCACUGGCAUGCAGCCUCCUAUACCUCCUCUGGCUGGUCCUCCUCAGGGUUCUAUUCCAUCCAUGUCACUGCAGUUCCAGCCUAUGCUUCCACCCCAGCAGGCACAACCAUAUGUUUCUGGUUCAUCUCAACACUUUCAGCCACUUGGACAUGCAAAUGUUGUGAUGCCUCCUCAACCCCCACAAAUCCAAUUUCCUCAGCCUAUGCAACAGGUUGCUGGUAGACCUGUAGUAGGAGGGCAUAGUAUGUCUCGGGGACCACCUAAUCCCCAUGAUUUUCAGCGAAACCCUCCAAUGUCAAAUAACCACAUGACUGGUUCUGGUGGCCCAGGUUUUCCGCUAUCUUCUUCAUAUAAUCAGGUAAAUGCUGAUUCAUCAAGCUCCCAGUAUCAGACACAGAUACAUGAUCAUAGGUUUCCAUCAGGGGUACAACCCUGGAUGCCAACAAGUAAUCAGAAUGUGAAUUCUGCGACAACUAUGCAAAAUACUGGAGAACUAGCAGCUCUGUUGGUUGUUCCGGAAGCAAAUAAUGGGGUUGACUCUGUUGAGACUACUCCGUCAGAUUGGAUUGAGCAUACUUCUCGAAAUGGGAAAAAAUACUAUUAUAAUAGAAGGACAAGAAUCUCUAGCUGGGAGAAACCUCUAGAGCUGAUGACAGAAAUGGAGAGGGCAGAUGCAUCAACUGACUGGAGAGAAUUUACAAGUCCUGCGGGAAGAAAGUAUUACUACAACAAGGUUACUAGAAAGUCAAAAUGGAAAAUGCCUGAUGAAGUCAAGUUGGCUCGUGAAAAGUACACUGUUUCGCACGCCUCUGAUUUUGGAUCCAUUUCUAGUGUUAAAACAUCAUCCCCGGGUGCAGAUGGCUCAUUUGUCUCGGCACAAGGAGCUAUGACAAGCCCAAUUGCUGUGUCACCAGUUGCUAACUUACCAACUAUCGUGGCUUCAGAAUCAAGUUUAUCUGGUAAGGUUUCUUCUCCGACGGUUGACGCAGUCGAAAUGCAGAAUUCUUCAGAACCUGCUUCGCCAGCUGUUGCUAAUUCAGAGAAAAUUGGAAUAACAGUAACCUUGGGAAAUUCUGUCGCGAUACCAGCUAGUUCUGAGACUACUUCAGCUCAAGAUGCAGUAGCGUGUGAUGAUGGAGUUUCGCCGGAGAAUAGGGAGGAAGUUAAGCAAGAUGCUGCAAUAACUGGAAUAGGAAGUGCUGCUCCAUCAGAAGAGAAAACAGUCGAGCUGGGACCAUUAGUUUAUGAGAGCAAAGUGGAGGCAAAGAAUGCAUUCAGAACUCUUUUGGAAUCUGCUAAUAUUGGGUCUGACUGCACAUGGGAUCAGGCCAUGAGAGCAAUAAUCAAUGACCGAAGAUAUGGUGCUCUAAAAUCCCUUGGUGAGCGGAAGCAAGCUUUCAAUGAGUAUCUGAGCCAAAGGAAAAAACUGGAAGCUGAAGAGAGACGUGUUAAACAGAAAAAAGCUCGGGAAGAUUUCAGGAUAAUGUUAGAAGAUUGCAAGGAGCUUUCACCAUCCUCAAGAUGGAGUAAGGUAAUUUCUAUAUUCGAACAUGAUGAACGUUUUAAAGCUGUUGAGCGAGCUAAAGACCGUGAGGACCUUUUUGAAGAUUAUAAGGAGGAACUUGAGAAAAAGGAGCGUGCAAGGGCAUUGGAGGAGCAGAAGCGCAAUAGAGUGGAGUAUUUAGAAUUCUUAAAAUCCUGUGACUUUAUUAAGGCCAGUAGCCAGUGGCGGAAAGUUCAGGACCGCUUAGAAGCUGAUGAAAGAUGCCCCCGCCUUGAGAAAAUUGACCGCUUGGAGAUUUUCCAGGAAUAUAUACGUGAUUUAGAGAGGGAAGAGGAGGAGCAAAGGAAACUGCGGAUGGAAGAAUUGAGGAAAGCAGAACGUAAAAAUCGUGAUGAAUUCCGAAAACUGAUGGAAGAGCAUGUUGCUGUGGGAAUGCUUAAUGCAAAAACUAUCUGGCGUGAUUAUUGCAUCAAAAUCAAAGAUAUAGCUGCAUAUCAGGCUAUCUCAUCAAAUACUUCAGGGUCAUCAGCAAAAGACUUAUUUGCAGAUGUCGUGGAUGAGCUGGAUAAACAGUAUCUUGAUGACAAGUCACGAAUUAGAGAUGCAGUUAGGAUGACCGAGAUUGGACUGACAUCAACCUGGACGCUUGACGAUUUUAAGGAUGCAAUAGCAAAGUAUAUUAGCUCUCCACCAAUAUCAGAUACAAACUUAAAGCUUGUCUUUGAAGAGUUACUGGAAAGGGCCAGGGAGAGAGAAGAAAAAGAAGCUAAAAAGCGUAAACGUCUAGCAGAUGAGUUCUAUGAACUUCUUCAUGCAUCAAAGGAAAUUACUGCAUCGUCGAAAUGGGAGGACUGCAAGUCCCUCUUUGGAGAUAGGAUAACGGGUGACGAGAGCUUGCUGCUAGAAAUAUUUGACAAAUUUGUUAAUGAGCUAAAAGAAAAGGCAAAAGAGAAGGACCGGAAGCGUCAAGAGGAUAAGGCAAGAAAAGAGAAGGAAAGGAAAGAUAGAGAAAAGAAGAAGGAAAAACAUAGAAGGGAUAAACACAGAGGGGAUAAGAGCAGGAAAGAGAGAGAAAGAAGCAAGAGAGAUAGUUCAGACAGUGACAAGGAAAUCAAAAGGUCAGGAAGUGACAGAGAUAAGAGAGACAGUGACAAGGAGAUCAAAAGGUCAGGAAGUGACAGAGAUAAGAAGAUCAAAAGGUCAGACAGUGACAAGGAGAUCAAAAGGUCAGACAGUGACAAAGAGAUCAAAAGGCCAGGAAGUGAAAGAGAUAAGAGAGACAGUGACAAGGAGAUCAAAAGGCCAGGAAGUGAAAGAGAUAAGAAAGACAGUGACAAGGAGAUCAAAAGAUCAGGAAGUGACAGAGAUAGGAAACAUCGCAAGCGGCAUAGAUAUUCCUCUGAUGACGAUGACAGCGAGAAAGAUCAUUCAAGAAGUUCUUACAGACGUGGCAGUGAUUAUAAGAAAGUGAAACAGAUGGACCAACACAGACGGAGUUUGGAAGCUGAUUCAGAGGGCAAGCGUAAAAAAAGAAAACGAGAUCAUCGGAGUGAUUCUCAUAGGGAAAGUGACGAUGAGGAUCACAAAGACUGGGAAUCUGGCGAUGAUGUAGAAGUUUAGUAGCUUUUUGUCUUAUUUUUCAAAAUGAUUUCUCAAAUGCGCUUUUCAUUGUGUACAUAAUAUAAUGUAACAUGGUUUACUAUCACCUUCCCCCAACCCCCCUAAAGAAAAUAAACAGAAAUCAUAGUACUUGAUGAUAAUGUUGUUUGGCAUUUAGUUGUAGCAAAGUCAAUUCUGUCUUCUCA